AUGAACUUUGUAACCCACUAUGCACGAAUGAGACCUCUGUUUCAGAGGAGGUUACCACUGCCUUGUGAAUCAAGGCUACAUAAGCCGCAAACGUCGUGGUCGUCGUUCAAUAGACAUAUUUCUCAAAAGCCACGCCCCACGCAGAAAUCCUCGAGAAAUUUCGUACGUAUACUCGUGCUGUCUGUUUUGGUACCUUACACCGGAUACGCCUUUUAUGUUUCCUUAGCUACCAUGAAACAAAUCGAUCUACGGAAUGAAAUAUGUCAAGAAUUGGAAGAAAAGGACACCGAUGUUACCUACAAGGGAUCCUUGAUGAAAUAUUCUCCAUUGCAAGUUUUGGGUCGGUUUGAAAACCCGUUUGAAGAAUACAGAAUACAGACCGUUUUUGAAUUCUUCGCCAAUAGAGUGUUCGAACUGUUUGAAAGAAAUAGAGGAGGUAUUCCGCCCGAUGUGCACCAAAUGAACAAGCUAAUGCCUGCUCAUAAGCCUACCUGGGGGCCUGAUUUAGUGGGUAUUGACCCCGCGGUAGAAAUCGCACGGCCUUUGGAAUGUACUGUAUUGGACGAACCUCAUACGCUAACCACCAUCGCAGAAAAGAACGACUCGACGGCCCCUGUCUAUAACACAUGGUUGGGCCAAUCUUGUAACUAUGCGGUCUAUAACGGAUUGAGAAUACUAACAGAUCCUCUGUUCAGUGACUAUCUUAUUCACAAGACACUAGGUCCCAAAAGGAUCUCGCAAAUGCCAUCUCAAAUUACCGAAGUGCCAAAACCAGAUAUCAUCCUCGUCUCCCAUAAUCAUCCUGAUCAUAUAGACUCGGAAAGUUUGGAAUAUUGGAGUGGUGAAGAUUCUCCUUUAUGGGUGGUACCCAAAGGGAUGAAAUCAUACAUGACAAGUAAUGGCUGUGAUAAUGUCCUGGAGUUAUCAUGGUGGGAAACUUUGCAAAUUAAGAAAAAUAACGAAAUAUACCACAUAUCAGCUACGCCAGCUAUGCAUUGGUCUGGAAGAUCACUCCUAGAUACAAAUAAAUCGCUGUGGUGCUCCUUCUUAUUGACCCAUAAUGGCACUCCUAUACUUUUCCAUGCUGGUGACACUGGUUAUGUGAAGGACUUGUAUGUAAGAAUCAAAGAGCGUUUUGGCAAAGGUUGUAAAUUAGCACUGCUUCCAUGUGGGCAGUAUUGCCCUGAAUGGCAUCAAAGGCCUCGACACAUUAACCCUCAAGAAGUUCUUAAGAUCAUGAAGGAUUUAGAAGCUCAAAACGUCCUGGGAGUCCAUUGGGGCACUUUUGUACUAAGUGGAGAAUAUUUCUUGGAACCAAAGGAAAAACUAGAAAUGCUGGCUGAGUGGAGCGGUAUUAAAGACCACUGUUAUUGUCCCGAAUUGGGCAAGACAGAACGUUUCGAUUAG